AGUACAUGAUCCUCGCCACAAUUAUCGCCAACUGCAUCGUCCUGGCCCUGGAGCAGCACCUGCCCGCCAGCGACAAGACGCCCAUGUCCGAGCGCCUGGACGACACGGAGCCCUACUUCAUUGGAAUAUUCUGUUUCGAGGCGGCCAUUAAGAUCAUCGCCCUGGGCUUCGCGUUCCACAAAGGCUCGUAUCUCCGCAACGGCUGGAAUGCAAUGGACUUCGUGGUCGUCCUCACGGGCAUCCUGGCCACGGUGGGUUCAGACUUUGACCUGCGAACACUGCGGGCGGUGAGAGUGCUGCGGCCCCUGAAACUCGUGUCGGGAAUCCCCAGUCUCCAGGUGGUGCUGAAGUCCAUCAUGAAAGCCAUGGUGCCUCUGCUGCAGAUCGGCCUGCUGCUCUUCUUCGCCAUCCUCAUGUUCGCCAUCAUCGGCCUCGACUUCUACAUGGGCAAGUUCCACCGCACCUGCUUCAGGAUAGAGACGGGUGAGAGAGCAGCAGACUGGCCUUGUGGUCUGGAGCCUCCGGCCAGGACCUGUCCCAAUGGGACCCAGUGCAGGGAGUACUGGACCGGACCCAACUUUGGCAUCACCAACUUUGACAACAUCCUGUUUGCGGUGCUCACGGUGUUCCAGUGCAUCACGAUGGAGGGAUGGGUGGACAUCCUCUACAACACCAACGAUGUAGCAGGAAACGCCUGGAACUGGCUCUACUUCAUCCCCCUCAUCAUCAUCGGAUCCUUCUUCAUGCUCAACCUGGUGCUCGGUGUCCUCUCUGGAGAGUUUGCCAAAGAGAGAGAGCGCGUGGAGAAGAGGCAGGAGUUCCUGAAGCUCCGGAGGCAGCAGCAGAUCGAGAGAGAGCUCACCGGGUACUUGGAGUGGAUCUGCAAAGCAGAGGAGGUGUUGCUGGAGGAGGAGGAUGAGAUCGCAGAGGAGAAGUCCCCUCUGGAUGGAGCGUGGUACAAGAGGAAACAGAACCUUCCAGUCCUGAAACGAGGCAAAGUCAAGAGAGGUAUCAACGACCUGAUCGGCGAUGAGGAGGGUGAGGAUCCUUUUGCAGACAUCUCCUCCGGUCCCCCUCCCGGCUCUCCGUUUGGUCGGGCCAGCAUGAAGAGCGGCGGCAAGAUGGACAGCUCGUCGUACUUCCGGCGCAAGGAGAAGAGGAUGCGCUUCUUCAUCCGCCGCAUGGUGAAGGCUCCGAGCUUCUACUGUAUCGUCCUGUGCCUGGUGGGCCUCAACACGCUGUGCGUGGCCAUCGUCCACUACGACCAGCCCGAGUGGCUCACGACGGCCCUCUACACGGCCGAGUUUGUGUUCCUGGGAUUGUUCCUGACCGAGAUGUCCCUGAAGAUGUACGGCCUCGGAGCCAGGAAUUAUUUCCACUCCUCCUUCAACUGCUUUGAUUUCGGGGUGAUUGUGGGGAGUAUUUUGGAGGUGAUCUGGGACAUGAUCAAACCCGGGGCCUCGUUUGGCAUCAGUGUGCUGAGGGCCCUGCGACUGCUCCGGAUAUUCAAAGUCACCAAAUACUGGAACUCGUUGAGGAACCUCGUGGUGUCCCUCCUCAAUUCCAUGAAGUCCAUCAUCAGCUUGCUCUUCCUCCUCUUCCUCUUCAUCGUGGUCUUCGCUCUGCUGGGCAUGCAGCUCUUCGGAGGACAGUUUAACUUUGAAGAAGAGACGCCGACAACCAACUUUGACACCUUCCCAGCAGCCAUCCUCACUGUGUUCCAGAUCCUGACCGGCGAGGACUGGAACGCCGUGAUGUACCACGCGAUCGAGUCCCAAGGGGGCGUCCGCCGAGGGAUGUUCUCCUCCAUCUACUUCAUCAUCCUCACGCUCUUCGGGAACUACACCCUCCUGAACGUCUUCCUGGCCAUCGCCGUCGACAACCUGGCUAAUGCACAGGAGCUCACCAAGGAUGAAGAGGAGCAGGAGAAGGCGGCCAAUAAGAAGCUGGCCCUGCAGAAAGCGUUGGAGGUGAAGGAAGUCAGCCCGAUAUCGGCGGCCAGCAUCUCCAUCGCUGCUCUUGUAAAGCAGCGAGAGGUUCUCUCUCUCUCUCGCAGGGCGUCCAUCAACAGCAUUCAGUCACCUAAGGAGCAGCAGCGCUCGGCAAAGGCCAUGUCAGUGUGGGAGCAGAGGACCAAUCAGCUGCGGCGGCACAACGUGCGGACCAGCAGCGAGGCUCUGUUCAACGAGCUGGACCCGGAGGAGCGCCUCCAGACGGCCUCCACCCUCCACCUGCACCCGGACGCCAAGACCCACCUGGACCGGCCUCUGGUGGUGGAGGAGGAGGCGGCGGGCAAGAACGGGGACAGGUCGCCCGGCGGGAAGUCGCCCGGCGGGAGGUCGCCCGGUGGGAAGUCGCCCGGCGGGAGGUCGCCCGGCGGGAGGUCGCCCGGCGGGAAGUCGCCCGGCGGGAAGUCGCCCGGUGGCAGGUCGCCCGCCGGCAGGUCGCCCGACGCGGCGUGGGAGGAGUCGGGGGAUCCCGGGGUGGGAGACAACCUCCACCACGCGCACGCCCGGAAGCACCACCGCCACCGCGACCGGAACGGGGAGAGCAGGGAGGGGGCCGGCGAGGUCCGGGGGGGAGGGAGGCACCACACCCACCACAGCCGGAGCAGAGGAGGUCACAACGCCGACGGCGCCCCGGCGAGAGAGAGGAGGGGAGGAGGAGGAGGAGGAGGGGGGGAGGGGCACCGGCAACACCACCAGGCCGGCUCCCCCGAGCGGGAGGAGGAGGAGAGGGAGGAGGCCGAUGACUGUCGAGAAGAGAGGGGCCACCGCCACCAUCACGCCCAUCGGCCGCCGAAGGAAGGCAACGGGCUGAUGGCGAACGGAGAGCGGCGGGGCCGGGGUGGUGGAGGGGGAGGAGGAGGAGGAGGAGGAGGAGGGGGGGACAGUAACGGAGAGAGGAAGGGGCGCUGCUCCCGUCUGGUCAGAGCUCAGUCGACUCUGGACGCAGGCGACUGUAAGAGGAACAGGAGCGGAGCGCCGGGCGCCAGGGAGAGGCAGCCGGAUUCUGAGGAGGACGGCCUCGCCUCCAGCCCUCUGCAGCCGAUGCGGAGCCCCUCGAGUCCGGGAGAGAAGCAAGAGGACGCCGACAACCAGAAGAACUCCACCAGGGCCAGCCAGGCCGGCCUCAACAGCAGCAGCGCCAUCCUCAUCCCCGUCACCAUCACCGCCCCCCCCGGAGACACCACCAUCAUACCCAUGAACAAUAUCGACUGCGACAACUUCCGACUCGACGAGGAGAAGAAAGACCUGGAGGAGGACGAGGAGGCGGCUGACGGGCCUCGGCAGAUCCUUCCCUUCAGCUCCAUGUUCGUCUUCGGGCAGACGAACCCCGUGCGGCGGCUGUGUCACUACGUGGUCAAUCUGCGCUACUUUGAGAUGUGCAUCCUGAUGGUCAUCACCAUGAGCAGCAUCUCCCUGGCCGCCGAGGACCCCGUGCAGGCCAACGCGCCGCGCAACAACGUUCUCAAGUAUCUGGACUACGUCUUCACGGGCGUCUUCACCUUCGAGAUGGUGUUCAAGAUGAUCGACUUGGGACUGCUGCUCCACCCCGGAGCUUAUUUCCGUGACCUGUGGAACAUUCUGGACUUCAUCGUGGUCAGCGGGGCCCUGGUGGCCUUCGCCUGCUCAGGGACGAAGGGCAAGGACAUCAACACCAUCAAGUCCCUGAGGGUCCUCCGAGUCCUGCGGCCACUCAAGACCAUUAAGCGUCUUCCCAAGCUGAAGGCGGUGUUCGACUGCGUGGUGAACUCCCUGAAGAACGUGCUCAACAUCCUCAUCGUCUACAUGCUCUUCAUGUUCAUCUUCGCCGUCAUCGCCGUGCAGCUCUUCAAAGGGAAGUUCUUCUACUGCACCGACGAGUCCAAAGGCCUGGAGAAGGACUGCAGGGGUCAGUUUCUGGAUUACGACCGGGACGACGUGGCGGCUCAGCCCAGAGAGUGGAAGAAGUAUGAGUUCCACUACGACAACGUUCUGUGGGCCUUCCUGACGCUCUUCACCGUGUCCACGGGGGAAGGAUGGCCGCUGGUCCUGAAGCACUCGGUGGACGCUACGUACGAGGACCAGGGCCCCAGCCCCGGCUUCCGCAUGGAGAUGUCCAUCUUCUACGUGGUCUACUUCGUGGUGUUCCCCUUCUUCUUCGUCAACAUCUUCGUGGCUUUGAUCAUCAUCACCUUCCAGGAGCAAGGAGACAAGGCCAUGUCGGAGUGCAGCCUGGAGAAGAACGAGAGGGCUUGCAUCGACUUUGCCAUCAACGCCAAGCCGCUGACCAGAUACAUGCCGGAAAACAAGCAGUCCUACCAGUACAAGAUGUGGAAGUUCGUGGUGUCGCCGCCGUUCGAGUACGCCAUCAUGACUUUAAUUGCCCUCAACACGGUCGUGCUGAUGAUGAAGUUCUACGGAGCUCCGGACCUGUACGAGUCCAUGCUGAAAUACCUGAACAUCGUCUUCACGGCCCUCUUCACGCUGGAAUGCAUCCUGAAGAUCAUUGCCUUCGGUCCACUGAAUUACCUGAAAGCCGCCUGGAACGUGUUCGACUUCGUGACCGUGCUCGGAAGCAUCACAGACAUCCUGGUCACAGAGAUUCAGGACAAGAUGAUCAACCUGAGCUUCCUGAGGCUGUUCCGGGCGGCUCGUCUCAUCAAGCUGCUGCGGCAGGGCUACACCAUCCGCAUCCUGCUGUGGACUUUCGUCCAGUCCUUCAAGGCGCUGCCGUACGUCUGCCUGCUCAUCGCCAUGCUGUUCUUCAUCUACGCCAUCAUUGGAAUGCAGGUCUUUGGGAACAUCCGGCUGAGCGAAGAGACGGCGAUAAACCACCACAACAACUUCCAGACCUUUUUCCAGGCCUUGACUCUUCUCUUCAGGAGUGCGACGGGCGAGGCGUGGCAUGAGAUCAUGUUGGCGUGCCUCAGUAACCGGCCGUGUGACAGCCUCUCGGGAACCACGGGGAAGGAGUGCGGGAGCGACUUCGCCUACUUCUACUUUGUGUCCUUCAUCUUCCUCUGCUCCUUCCUGAUGUUGAACCUGUUCGUCGCCGUCAUCAUGGACAACUUUGAGUACCUGACGAGAGACGCCUCCAUCCUGGGGCCUCACCACCUGGACGAAUACAUCCGCGUGUGGGCGGAGUACGACCCUGCAGCCUGCGGGAGGAUAUGCUAUCAGGAUAUGUACAAAUUGUUGCGUUUUAUCUCCCCUCCCCUGGGCCUGGGGAAGAAGUGCCCCAACAGGGUGGCGUAUAAGCGGUUGGUGAGGAUGAACAUGCCCAUUGCAGAAGACCGGACGGUGCACUUCACCUCCACCCUGAUGGCCCUGAUCCGCACCGCCCUGGAGAUCAAACUGGCAUCUGGCGUCCUGGCGCAGCAUUUGUGCGACGCCGACCUGAAGAGGGAGAUAAACCGGGUCUGGCCCAGCCUAUCACAGAAGACCGUCGACCUGCUGGUGACGCCCCCUAAAUACAACGAGCUGACUGUGGGGAAAGUCUACGCCGCUCUGAUGAUCUUUGACUACUACAAGCAGACUUGUGCCAAGAGACUCCAGCAGCAGCAUUCAGGGGGCCAGCAGAGUAAACUGGGGGCGUUGUUCCGUCCCAUGAUGCAACUCACUCGCACACAGCAAAUAGAGCCACCGUUCUGCAUCCCCAAGAAGCCCCUCCCACCUCCACCUGAGCCAGAGGCUAAGCCAGAAGCACUGCCCACCACCUGCAUCCCCUCGGUGAACAGGGACCCCAUACUAAACCAGAGAAGUGCCAUCAAACAUUCCCAGUCGGGGGAUGUCUCUCAGGCGGCACAACAGAGGCCCAGAGUCCGGAGGAAACUCCAGAGAGGCCAGUCAGAGGACGUGCCCUAUUCCCCCCAGCCUCAGGAAUUUGUGGAACUGAAGCAAGUGGAGGACGAAUCGGACACAGAGGACUAUCCGAGCAUGGAGGGCCACUGCCGAGCGGCUUCUCUGCCCCGACUCAACGCAGAGUACUACCGGAGCCACCCUCGCCACGCCCCCGGGACCCACCUGGCACCAAUCGUUGACCUCAGUCCCAUCAGGCGCUCGGCGUCCUCGCUGAUGCCGCCGCGUUGCUACCGGGAGGUCGGCGGCCUGUCGGAGUACGACCUGGAGCGGCCCGGCCAGGAGGACCGAGCCCAGCACCACCACCACCACCACCGCUGCCAUCGCCGGAGGGACAGAGACAAGAAGCAGAAGUCUCUGGACAAAGCUGCGUCCAUGCAGCCGUCCAGCACCGUCGACUCCUUCACCGACCCCUCGGCCGACGGGCUGUCCAGGGAGCGAGCGAGGGAGCGUGACCGCGGCCGGCCUCACGAGCGGCGGCACCACUCGUCCGCCGGGGAGACGCAGCGCUACUUCUCCUUCAGCCGGGACCAGGACCACAGCCGGUCCGCCGGGCCCAGCCGGUCCACGUCGCCCGGAGACGGGCAGGACGCCGUCUUCAUCAAGCAGCUCGGUAGCGCUGUGGUCAAAGCCGGCCCCGGACCGCUCCCCUCCGGUUCCGUCACUCCGGGCCGCGGGCGCCGCCAGCUCCCUCAGACGCCGCUGACCCCGCGCCCCGCCGUCUCCUACAAGACCGCCGGCUCCUCGCCGGCGCCGCCCCACCAGGUCCGCGUCAGCCGCGGCCGCUCGGAGCACGAGCGGCUCCACCGCGGCGGCGGCGGCGGCCACGACGAGUCCCCGCCGAUCCCCGUCACGCGCAUCGGCUCGGACCCCGACCUGAACCGGCAGGCGCAGGUCGCCUCCCGGCGGGCGCUCCUCGGGGAGGACUUCCAGGACGACGCGAGCGGCCGCGGCGCGGCCAGAACCGGCGCCGCCUCGACCUCUCACGGAGCAGCGGACGCCGCCGCCGCGCAGGGGAGGCCGGGCGUGGUUCCCAACGGGUACCACUUCACCCUCGGGGUCAACUCCGCCUCCGGGCGAGGAACGGGAAGUCUCCGGGAGCGGGAGGAGGAGGACUGGUGCUAACCGAGGAAGAGGAAGAGGAAGACGCCGGUGGAACGAGCUGCAGACGGCAGGUAGGAAUCAUUCCAUCUUUGUCGUGGGACCUUUUUGAUUCGCCGAUUCACCGACGAUCUUUCUAGACGCUUGAGUUUGACUCGCCCUGACGUCAGAGCGCCUGAAGAGGGUUCUCCUCCUUCGGUCAAAUCAGUGACGGAGAAGAAGAAGAUGAAAAAGCCGAAACCUCCUCGCUCUACGAGCGCCGUGUUUUCACGCGUUUCAUUUCGUUCCUUUGAGCUUCGACUCGUCGCGUCUGAAACGAUCGUCUUUUCUCCGUCGGCUUUUACUUCCUCGAAAAAUCCCACCGCGGCAAAAAUGACGAGGAACUGUUUUUUAAGUACGUCUUAAACUUCCAACCGAGGGACGCGUGACGAGAGAAAGAACAAGGAGGCGUCAGAAAGGACCCGGAGGCCGGUUCUCAUGACCACUCGUUGUUUUGGGGUGAAUUGUUCCACGUGUCCGUCUCCUGGAGCGAGAGGACUCGGCUCUGACGCCAUGUGGCUGAACACUAAGUGCCUCGUUUGUUCCCUGAGACGUAUUAUUAAGACGCAGCAGCCGAUGGACUUCCAUCCACACAGCAGGACGUACGUUUAUCUACACGUUUUUGAAUCUGAUGAAAUGGACCGAAUGCAAAAAAAACACAACAAAAGUAAUUUCUUUGUGUUGCUCCUCGUCGCGGUCACAGAUCCAGAGUCGUCGACGUCGUGCACGCCGGGGUCGACACAAUAUCGUGCGUCUACUUUUUUGCUUAACGGGUGUGUGUGUGUUGAGCGUUUUGCCUUUUCUCUCGUUUCAAAUAUACACUGCCAGCCAAAUGUGGUGGAAUUGGUCUCUGGAUGCGGAAAAAGUGCCAUUUUUUCAAUUUAAAUUUUCUACUAAUCGACAAAGAUUCUGCCUCCUCGAGCGGACGGUGGACAUCUCAUCUCUGCCAUAUCGGAUCCGGAUGUCCCGGGUCGCCCUCUGAACUCUUUCCUCUCGAGAGCAGUAUUGUGUGUGUGUGUGUGGGAGGGAGGUGACUUGUUUGUGUGUGUUCACAGGAACAAUAAAGAGUUGUGUUGUUGCCGCUGUGGAUUUAAAAUAGGGCUUAUGCAACAAGACGACGCUCCAUCCGACCGGUGGCUCCGCCCCCUCUGGGACCGGAGCACAUUUUACAUUUACGGAUGAGGAGCUGUGAACAUUGUAAAUGUAUCUUUAUUAUGAUGUACAGGUGACUUACACACACACACACACACACGCGCGCUAUCCGACACACGUGUGAUUCACGGGGCGUCUUCGUCGUGGGCGAGGUUGAACUGCAUGACAUGGAACAACCCAAAACAUAGCAACUGUGUUCUCUAGCCAGACUUCAAGUUACGUUUUGAACAUAUUUGUGUAGGUGUGUUCUUUUUCUUUCAACUAUUUGCUUGGAAAGGUAAAUGAAAGAUAAAUGGGAUUUACAAAGA